AUGCGUUUCAACAUUAUCACUUCAUCCAUUCUUCUCGCUCAGAGCACAUGCCUAGCUGCUCCCGCGGACGGCAUUGACUCGUCCCAAGGCGUUUCUCUCGUUUCGGGGAACAAGCUCGAGGCUCGUGAUACGUACGAUUGCAAUGGAAGCGGACUUUGCGGGGCGAUUACCGUCAAAGAUUGCGAUGACGCCGUCAACAACAGGCUGAUUCGUAACAACGCUGUUAACUAUGGCGCACCUGGCCGCUAUCAGGAGCGGGAGACCGCAGACAGGACAUCAGACGGUCAGGUUGCCGAAUUUGCGGCACUAAGCAUUGGGGAGAUGGUUGCAUGA